AUGCUCCGUGCGUACCAGAUCCUGGCCAUCUUCGGUAUUCCCGGUCUCAACAUGGCCAAAUCCCCGGCCGAAGCGCACAUGUCCUCUUCGUCUUCCAGAGCAUCUCUCGUCGUACUCGUCACGGCAACAUCGGGAUCUGGCAGUGACCGCUCAUGCUCCGAGAGCACGCCCUUUUUCUGCUCCGUCACUCCGCUCCCGAAACUCCGCCCGUGA